CAAAUGACCAUUAGCCUUUCAGCUUCUGGCUUCUAUAGUCUUUAUCAGUUAGCUGAAACUCUUCAAGUCUGUUGUUUUACAGGAAUUCGACUUUCUAGAGCUUUUAUGAUACGUUUUGUUCCUACAAGAGACGAACAAGGUGAUUUUUGGUUGAUCCCUGAUCCUUGUAAAAGAUUAUCAGGUCCUUGUUUCUUUACCAUUGCAGACAAGUCCCUGCUAAGUUAUCAUAUCAAAAACAAAAGCCCUCCUUUGAUUCCGAAAAUAGAACAAGAUAUUGUGUUGCAUCCCGAUACUUUGGAAAUUGUUCCUGAAGCUCAGUUUCUGUCUGUUGUUCAAAAUCUGCACUGGUUGAUUAAAUAUGAGAAAUUGAGUUGGUUGGAUCACUUACCUUUUAAAGACAACUUAUCUAUGGAUUUGGUGGUGAGAAUAUGCUUUCGAGAAGAACAACUUUAUCAUUCAAGUUGUUUCGAGUCAAUGGCAAUUUCUUGUAAAGAGAAAAAUAUUUUCUAUAGGCAGUUAUUGUUAUCUUCAAAGAGACUCGAUCAUGCCUUGAAAUAUCUCAACAUGAAAGACACUUAUCUUGAACAAUGGAAAAGAUGGGAUUAUCCAAUGUUUAUGGGUUAUUAUCGCAGUUAUUGGAGUUGUCAGUUGUUAUCAGAAAUAGAAAAGUGGCAACAUUUUGAGAAGAAUGUGGAGAUGACAUAGUGUAUACUUGGAUUCUUUCUGUAACCCAAAGUUGUUUUUGGCUUUCUUUUCGAUAUCCAAAUGAUGAAAUAUCAACAACGCAAUAUAUUUUCAACGGAUGUAAAUGUUCAUUCGUGUCCAAUAUGGUCUUUUUUAAAUAGAAGAGUUGAAAAUUUCUU